AUGCACGAAUUGAAGGACUGGAAAAAAGAAGAGAAGGAUGUGAACCAAAAAAAGCUAAGUGAGUCGCGUUGUGUGAAUUUGCCGCCCAUAAAACUCCCGUUGUCGAAAAAAUUUCCAAAUGAUGACUGUGUAUCAGAAAAAAAGCAUGUUACUUUACGGAACAUUGAACAGAUUGAAGACGGAAUCGUGGAUGAUGCGUUAAAAUUCAAUUCAGCUCCCAAAGUAUAUGCUUUUGCCAAUUCGCCUGUUGGCUACACACUGAGUUUGGCUCUUAAAAUUUAUCUGUUUUCAAAAGUUCUUUGUUUGAGUCAUCUGUUGGAUGUCAAUGCGCCGCAUGAUUGUCUGCAGCAGUCAACACCUAUAAGCUCAAGAUUGGAUGAUUCUCUAGAUGUAACUAUUUAUUGGGCUGAUGGAAGAGGCUUCAAGUUCUCUUUACUUGGUGGUAAGUUAGCGACUGCAUCAAGUUUGCUUUCUUUGCUCUCCGAUCACUUAGGCAUUGAUGCUGAUGUUCUCAAGCAAGUUUGUGCGUUGUGGAUGGUAUCCGAUUUGUUAGAAGUACAGCUCAAACCGCAUCAUAAUCCGUAUGAGAUUCGGAAAAACUGGAUACAGUUUCUCAAGAGAUUCACUUGUGUUGAAAAUGAUGAAGCAGUUGCUGAUGAACCGCUGCUUGUGCUCAAGCGAAACGUGCAGCUUUCUGUUCAACGAGAAUGCGAACUGGAAGAAGAUUAUACUAACGAAAUUUUGACAGAAAUAUUAUACACCAGUGCAAAGCAAGAAGUUCUACGUGGACGAUAUUUAUGUGAUAUUGAAAUGAGCAUUAAAUUAGCAGCUUUGCAAAUGGCUAUCGAGUUGGAAUCAACUGAAAAUGGGAAUAUCAUUGGAGACGAGGUAUGUAUGUUUAUACCGUUGAAAUAUCGACACAAUGUUAAAACGUUUCAUUUAUUUGGAAUACCAAUUAUCAGUUGCAAAGGUUUGGAAACGCGAAUUCUUGAGGAAUACCAACAGAUAAAAAGAGGGUUUGAAAACAAACAUGCUUAUCGAAAAGCUUAUCUCAGUAUUAUUCGAAAUACACCCUUUUAUGGGGCUGCUUUUUUCCAUGGUUAUAUUGAGCGUCCAUCAGUCGGAUUAUUAAAAGAAAUCAAGAAAAUGAUAUUGCCAGUUACUUUGCCUUUGGACAACCACAUAAUUGUUGGGAUUAAUUAUGAAUACAUUACAUUGAUAGAUGAGACAAAACAAGAUGUUUUGCUUGUGGAAAAGAUCAUGGACUGUGAAUGGUGUCAUUUUGACGAUUCAUUUGAAAAUACGGCAUCUACUACAGUUCUAUCUGAUUUCCCAUACUUCCUUCUCGUUUUUCCGGACAAUUCAUUCGUAACUAAUCGUAGUAUGAAUGUUGAAACAGAUGUGUUAAAAAUCCCAGAAAAAAUUAAAAUUCUUCAGGUUUUUAGUAAACAAGCAGUGAUGAUUGAAGCUCUUAUGAAUACAAUGUCUAAGCUACUAGAACGAAACAAUGAUGAUGACUUCUGUUUCAAGUCAGAAUAUGAUGGACAGGCUGUAGAAGUAACAAACAACAAGUCGUCCUUUAUAGCAGAGGCAGUGCCAAAGAUGUGUAGUUCAACUUCAGAAGGCUCAAAUGUGACUGAAAUAUUGGUAAAUGACUGUGGCUUUCUGCAACAUCAUAGUGAUGGUUUGAGAAGUAUUCAUAAUGAAAAUUUGAAUUUACCAAAUCUAUCGGUUAUAAAUGGAGAAACGAGAAGAGCUAGUAAUCGAAAGACAACUAUUAAGUGCUCUUCAUAUCCGUUUGCGAAGAGCUUUGAGAAAUUAUGUUUAGCAACAUUAGAUGCAGAUGGUCGUUGUCUUGAAGCACAAGGUUCACUGAAAGUUUUGUUAGAAGUUAUGUAA